AUGUCCGCCAUCGACCUUGAGGUUUUAGAUUCGAAGGAGUGGAACGGACCUUGCGACCUUGUCGAACAAUGUAGUCAAUUUGGCAUAAAUAAAGAUGAGUUUGAAUCACGGCUAGUCAUAAUUUGUAGUGAUGCGAGGGCAAAAUCGGAACUACUCAAAAGCCUUACCGGGUUAAAAUUUAUGAUGACCUCAUCUAGAGUAACCAUCUACAAUGUUCACUUCAAUACGGAAAUUCUUCUCCGGCGGACAGACGACGACCGGCAUCUCAACGCGUCCAUCGUUCCCAAUACCGGGCCGAUUUCCAAAGAGUUCAAAGAUAAACUCUCAACGUUCAAAAUUUCGUUGACGGGAAAGGAACUAGGGCCUAAAGGAUUUUCAGAUAUUUACAAUCAGGCAGCAGUUUUCAUGGAGCAGUCACGUAAAGAUAGCCAGCAGUACCCUCAUUCUAUGUUUGAAUGGUUGGCGAUAGGCGAUUUGUACUCGCCCCAUGUUCUGAAAAUUGAAAUAUCCGGUCGCCGUCUCCCGAACCUCUCUAUCUUCGACUUCGAUCCUGGGAUCCACAACUAUCUCCAUACAUGCAUAUUUCCGAAAGAUCUAGAUGUUAAAUCAACCCUAUCUUACAGGUAUCUAACCAACCCCCAUGCUAUUCUACUGAUGAUCGUUGAAGGACAGAAAGACUCAGAAAUAGAAGAAGUGUCCAAUACGGCCUUAGAGGUCGAUCCAGAACGAACCCGCACCAUAGGGGCCAUCAAGGGACGUGUUGGACUUGGUAAUAUAUCGGGGCUCAGCAAUUUCCAACGAACCGAGAUAUCCUCGUACAGGGUUAGGAGAUCCCACCAUGGCUGGUUCGUUGUGAGAAACCGAACCACAGAAGAAACUGAGGAAGGGGCCACUAUUCAGGAGGGCUACGCAUUGGAGAGAGAUUACUUUAAUAGUUCGCUAUGGAGUCAUCUCAACCCCGACAAUCUCGGCGUCGAGAAUCUCAAAGCCUUUAUAGGCCGUCUCAUGUUUGAGCAAGUUAGGAGGAGAAUAAGCAGAACUCUUUUAUGGAACGGCUCUCUGGAUCUAGUUCACAAACUUCGCAGGCGGCCAAAAGGUCCCCCCGAUAUCGAUACAGUAUUCCCUUUUCAUUUGAAUGACUGGAAAGUAUUUCUCGAGGACAAACUUCGACAACCCAUAUCUUUCUGGCCGUUGUCCCAACCGCAAAGGAGAUGUAAGGAUGGUUUCAGCAGGCUAUGGUUCGACUGUGAUAAAAUUAAGCGCACUCCGUUGAUAUUAGAGACGGAGGAGAACGCUACCAAUAAUUCGACCCAACUACGUGGGAAUGAGACCAGUGGAUAUAGCUCCGGUUUCUCUGGAUUCGGUCGAACCGAAGCUGGCUCUUGUCCCUCCAUGCAAAAACGGGGUCAGGCUUCCCAGCUAGGUUCGGCCGGAGACCCAUCGCCCAGCAUCGUUACGAAUAAUGCAAAUAAGCUAGACAAUACAAGGACCGUAGGUUUGGGGAGUAGGGGCAAUGGAACUGGAAAUUCUCCAAUUGGGGUCACAAAUAGCAACGUGGCUUUACAAGGUCAAGGCCAGAACCAGGCCGCUUCAAUCAACCCUAAUAUUCUCCUCAGCCAGUUCGAUAUAUUCUUUGUGGUUCACUGCACAGACAACCGAGCAGUCAUGAAAAUAAUCAGGAUGCUUGGUAUUCACAGAGACAGCGACCUGUUUCAAAGUAUCCGCGAAAAUUACAAUCUCAUUCGAGGUUGGCGUCGAUUAUUUUCGUUUACCACUAUUUGCGACAUUCAGUGGGUUCGGUUUAAACGAUAUAGCACCAAGCCCAUCUCCAAAAGCGACGGACUCUGCGACAAUAUCUUUGAAAGUCUACCAGACAGAGCAGAUCGCGAUUACCAAAUAGACACCCGCGAACCUCCCAAGCCUAUGAUACGACCGAUUAGUCGUCAACAUAUAAUGGAACUCUACGAGGCUCCUAAAGACUCAGAAAAUUGUAACGAAUGUCUUCGAACAGCAAUGCCAAAAUGGGUAGGAUCAAAUGCUGACACAAAACUGAAAGAGUCCGCAUGGGGAAUAUACAGUGUUGAAGGAUUUGCUCUAUUCAAGAUAUUGAUUUGGGCAUUUAUUGUGAAUCUGGUACCCAUAAUUUUCUUUGUACCUUGGUGGUUAAAAACACAUCCUGGGGACUUGCAGAAUGCAUUUGUCCCGAAUGCCGUUGUUUCUAUGUUUUAUUAUGGAACAGUUUCGAUUUGUAUAUCCAUAAGAGUAGGAACCUUGAGGUCUUAA